UACUCUUUGGCUUACACACGCACGCCAUUUUGCAAUACUGAACCUGAACAUGUUGACUACUAUAUAACGAAAAAUGCUUUUAAUUAAUACUCGAUGUAGUUUGUUUAUUAGUUUAAUUUAGUUAAUUAGUGGUAAUUGUAAACUAAAGAUACCGAAAUGGAUAUGCCAGAAGUAAAAGCGUUCAACGCAGAGUUAUCUGGGUUGUACGAAAACAAGCCACCUAUAUCAAAAGCUAAGAUGAGCGCUAUCACCAAAGGUGCUAUUAAGGCGAUUAAAUUUUACAAGCAUGUUGUGCACAGUGUCGAAAAAUUUAUCCAGAAGUGUAAAGCGGAAUAUAAAGUUCCCGGUUUGUAUGUGAUAGAUUCAAUCGUGCGCCAGUCGAGGCACCAAUUUGGACAAGAUAAGGAUGUAUUUGCUCCUCGAUUUGCGAAAAACAUGCAGCAAACAUUUGCCAACCUUUUCAGAUGUCCCCCAGAAGAUAAGCGCAACAUAAUCCGUGUGUUAAACCUCUGGCAGAAGAAUAAUGUGUUUGGUCCUGAUGUCAUUCAACCUCUGAUGGACAUGGCCGACCCCAACCACCCCCUGCACCAGGAGAUACUGCAGCAACAGAACAAUGCUGCAAAUGGGAGCAUUUUAAAUUCAAGCCACAACACGACGGGCGCGGGAGAGGGCAAGCUGUCCCCCGCCGCGCAGCGCUCACCGCGCGCCGCCUCGCCGCCGCACCCCCCGCACCCGCCGCACCCCCCGCCCGACCAGGAGCAGUCGGCGCCGGCAGUCAAGUUCAAUCGCAAGCUGCUGAACGACUUCGAGUACGAGAGCGAGGACGAGGCGGCGGGCGCGGAGCCGCACCCCGCGCACGCGCCGCACGCCGCGCACGCCGCGCACGCCGCGCACGCCGCGCACGGCGCACACGGCGCACACGGCGCACACAACCCCGCAGACGCGCUCGGCAGCAUCCUGACCAACCCCGAGAUCAUGCGCCAGCUGCAGAGCCUGCAGGCGCAGAUGCAGAUGAUGACCGGCAUGCAGGCGCCUGUGAGUGUGUGUCCACUCUCACUCGCAUACCGCACGGGCCCCUUGUCGAAAUUUUUAAUGCUACUUUUCAAAUAUGCUUUAAUCUUUGCUCGAUUUAACAGUGGUAGUGCCCGCUUUAACAUCUUAGCACUGCAGGGCCGGCACGCCCCCAUUAAUACCACGACC